CAUAAUCCAAGUCUGACAUCAAUAUGUCCUACUCUCACCCUCAAUGUACACCUAGUGGAGGUUUUAUCACAACCUGGAAGAAAAAAAGGCGAUCUCGAAUACCUUCACACUCCGCGGAGCUCAUUACGUUGAGACACAAGGGAUUGCCGCAUACAGACUAGACAAGACGUGGCACAGCACCUUCCACAUGCAAGCGUACCCAACAACGACUGAGAUUCCGUCUAUCUCGACAUACAUCUCGAAACUUCCAUCGCAAGCUUCUCGAUAUGCCACUUCUUUGUUUUCGUCAGGCACUCGUCGAUUGGGUAAUGCGCACGACCGGCCACCUGACUGACUACAGCCAUGAAGACGAAGUUUGGAAACGCAGUUGGUGGCGUGGGACGAAUAAUGGCGACUCGAUUCUGGUACCGUCCAUCAUGCAACAUAUAACGAAUGGGCCAGGUGCGGCUUCGACAUGCAUCAGCUCUGAGCAAGAAAUCUGUAGCGAAUUUGGUAGACAAGACAACACCUACACGGGCUUUACCGCAGAUCUACAAGACUACGAUGGAUACAAGGAUUGCAGACAAGUCUAUUGUCAAGGCUGCACGUCCCAGAACUGUGAAGAAGACCAAUCCUGUCCUUCAACCCUCCGUUUCUGGUCGUCCACCUCAGAGGAUCACGAGGAGAUGUUAUCCAACCCAGCGCGCGGUUCGGAAAGACAACAUAUCAGAGCCAACCUGGGGACAAUAUCUCGCAACCGCCUUGUUCUUCCUCGUAUAACAACACAGCAACGUGGAAUGAUUUCAUCCACAAGCAUGUUCUGGCUGCAAAAGGCGAGAAGGAAUACAUCCUGUUUCGGAAGGCAAUGCAAUUUCGGCUACGACAACGACUAGAAGCUUGCUCUGCGACCAUGGGGAUCAGUCCUACGCUUCUGAACACCAUGCACAAAAUCAUUACUAUGUAGGAGUAGGUUAUAUUUAGAUACGAGUAUUUCAACUACACGUAGCUUCGGUACAGCUGUACAUCGUAGUUUGUGUAAUAAGAGUGGUUUGGUGUGCCGCUGGUUCGCUCCCGGUUUGCAGGCAGGUAGAUUUCGGAAAAAAUGUUGAAUAUGUACAGGCCUUGGGGAACUAUUGCGGAAGCCAGAUAGAUUACAUGUGUUCAUGUGC